AUUACCCCACUGCACCAUUUAUAAAGAUUUCGACUGCAUUUUCAAGAAAUUAUCGCAAAGUUUAAUGUAACAUGUACAUUCAAGAGCUUUUACUCGUAGCAUUGUAUGAAACAUUCGUUUGAAUGGGACGCCUCGUCCCGCCUUGGCCGACGUCACAUGCGAGGUCGACAUGGCCGCCCUGUGGAACGAUUGAUUCUUAUGCGCGCCGCUAGACGGCGCUCCGUAGGUCGCGUACAACCGUCGUCGUUCGUCCAUUAUUCGAUGACGCAGCGGUGGUACGUGAUGUCGGAUACGUGUGGGAAGACAGGCGGUGGGGUUAAGUGCAGUGGCCAGGGGAGGAAAGGAGGCAGGAGACGGUGAAAAGAUAAAGGUUAGAAGAGGUUAUGAACUCUAACCCGCGGAUGCGCGACGGAGUGGCUGGUAGUGCGACGCUAUGAACGGUCCCAAUGACGUGUGGACGGAUCAGUCGUCGUUGCUGGCAACGAAGAGAGAGAUGGACAGGGACCAUCGUGAACAGCGUGACCACGAUAGUAUGAACGAGAAGGACACGGAUCGCAAAGUCGGAAUGGAUUUUCGCAGUCUGUCCCACCACCACGAUCACGCGGCCGACGUCGAUACGGAGAGGGACAUGGACAUCGAUCCGGCCGAUCGCGUCGAAAACUUGCACGACGAGAAAUCCGAGAAACUGGGCAGGAAUUUUCAUAAUAUAGGACAUCAUCCCGCUAUGAGAGACCUAGAUAGAGAUCAAAAUAAUCAUGUCGACAAUUUACACGACGACAAGAUAGAGCACAAGAUAGGAAGAGAUUUCCGCAGUUUGAGCCAUCAUACGGGAAUGGUCCAUUUACACUCCGGUAUGGAGCAUUUAAAUAGUGUCGACGUCGAAGUGAAGCUAGCGAGAGACGUACGCGGCUCGUUAGGAUUAGGAUUGUCUUUAGAACUAUGUGUAGUCUGUGGAGAUAGAGCCAGCGGCAGGCACUACGGUGCCAUUAGCUGCGAGGGCUGUAAGGGGUUCUUCAAACGCAGUAUUCGUAAGCAGCUGGGCUAUCAAUGCAGAGGCAGCAAAAGUUGUGAAGUUACUAAGCACCAUAGAAAUCGCUGUCAGUAUUGUAGGCUUCAGAAGUGUCUGGCCAUGGGCAUGAGAAGCGAUUCUGUCCAACACGAGAGGAAACCCGUAUUAGGUGACUCGACUACCACAAAAGUGGGUAAUCGUAGCGCCAGGGUGAAGCCAGAACCGCAGCAACCUGUGCCGGAGGCACCUCCGGCUUGGGAGCAACCCGAGAGUCCCAGCAUGGAAGACCAAAGUAGUGACAGCGAUCUUAGCGACGCCUUGACCUUAGCACGCGAACGCUUGCUCAUUUCUCAUGCGCUGGAUAGCAUGGCUAAGCUUAUCGGUGACACUGUGAACGGCUCGAGCGAGCCAGAGGAAGAAUGGACCGGCCAAUUAAUCUCCGAGCGACACACGUUGUUCGAAUUGAGGCCGCCUAGUCCGGCACCUGCGUAUUUAUCUAUUCAUUACAUUUGUGAGAGUGCGGCUAGGUUGUUAUUUUUAUCUGUGCAUUGGGCACGAGGAAUCCCGGCGUUUCAAGCCUUGCCAUCUGAAAUUCAAACAGCUCUAGUGCGAAGUUCCUGGGGACAGUUGUUUACAUUGGGUCUCGCGCAGUGUGCGUACACAUUGUCUCUUCCUAGUAUUUUGACAUCGAUUAUCAAUCACUUGCAAGCUAGUAUAGCGCAAGAGAAGAUCACGGCUAGCAAAGUAAAGUCUCUCACGGAACAUAUAUGCAGGCUGCAGGACUGUGUGAAUUCCCUGCACAAGCUGCAAGUCGAUUCCGUGGAAUAUGCAUACCUCAAGGCUCUGACACUUUUUAGCCCUGAUAAUAUGCUGGCAGGUGUCUGGCGUAGGAAGGUCGAAGUUCUGCAAGACGCAGCGUGGACAGAAUUGCAACAACGUGUGGGCUCCGAUAGAUUACCUCGCCUUCUCUUGAGGCUAGCGCCUCUUCGCUCGAUUAAUCCUAGGAUCUUGGAAGAUCUCUUCUUCGCAGGUCUUAUUGGCCGAGUAAGCGUCGCUAGCGUCGUGCCUUAUAUUCUUACCAUGUCGGAUUAUAAACCCGAACCGGAAAGUCACAUGGGGAAGUUGAAGAGAGCCGUUCUCGAAGAGAACGAGCAGAAGGAGAGCAAACGCAAGCGCUCGGAGCCGGUGGUGGUGACGCAGAUCAUCGUGCAGAACGACCGAGUCACGGAGCAGGAACCUAAGAGGAAGACGAUGGAGCAUCCGUUGAGCAACAAGGGCGUUGAGAGUCGCCUGCCGAAAGUCACGCCGAUCAUCGAGGAUUAUGAGAUCAGCAGUCACGUGCUGGGUCUCGGCAUUAACGGCAAGGUCGUGCAGUGCUACGACAAACAAAAGAGACAGAAGUACGCCCUUAAGGUCCUGCGUGAUUCCGUCAAGGCACGGAGAGAAGUCGAGCUUCAUUGGAAAGCGUCGGAUUGCAAGCACAUAGUCCAAGUCAGAGAUGUGUAUGAAAAUACCUACGGAGGCUGCAAGUGUCUGCUGGUAGUUAUGGAAUGCAUGGAAGGCGGCGAGCUGUUUCAAAGGAUACAAGAUAGACAAGACGGUGCUUUCACCGAAAGAGAAGCCGCAGAAGUGAUGUAUGAGAUUUGCGCAGCGGUGAAGUACAUACACGACAUGAACAUUGCUCACAGGGACCUGAAGCCGGAGAAUCUUUUAUACUCUAAGCCCGAUAGCACGGGAAUUCUAAAACUCACCGACUUCGGCUUCGCGAAGGAAACAUUUUCAAAAGAUAACACGCUGCAGACACCAUGUUAUACACCUUACUAUGUCGCCCCGGAAGUUUUAGGAACAGAGAAAUACGACAAGAGCUGUGAUAUUUGGUCACUGGGAGUAAUCAUGUACAUACUAUUGUGCGGUUUCCCACCAUUCUACAGCAUGCACGGGCACGCGAUGUCGCCCGGGAUGAAAAAGAAGAUACGGCAGGGACAGUACGACUUCCCCUCCCCGGAGUGGUCGAACGUAAGCAAGGAAGCGCGGAAUCUUAUCGAGGGCAUGCUCUGCAUAGACCCAGCGCAGAGGCUGCAGAUCGACGAUGUGAUGCGCAACAAAUGGAUCGCCAGAUACACGGAAGUGCCCGCCACUCCUUUGCACACCGGACGCGUUUUACGCGAGGGCGAGGAGUCCUGGCCCGAGGUGCAGGAGGAGAUGACGCGAUCGUUGGCAACGAUGCGCGUGGACUACGACACGGCGAGACUGAAGCAGCUCGACCACACGAAUAACCCGCUGCUGAACAAACGGAGACGCGCGAAAGAAGCGAACGCGGUGCCACCGACCGCCAGUCCGACAGCCGCUUCCUAGGAAGACGCCGCCAACUUGAGGACCAGACGGAACUGGACUGUCUUCUUACGUAGAUGCAUCCGAUACAGCGUGGUCAUUACGAGGAUCGUUUUCUGACUGCUACAUCUCACCAAGCGCAAGAAAUUCCGAAGUAGGAUAGUGUCGAAGGGCGCUUAGUCUAGGCUGCGACGUUUAGAAGAAACGUAUCCCAUCACGCGUUACGCUUCUUAGUGUUCGAUGUGUUAGAAACACGACGGGUUUCGUUGACAGCAACAGUAACACACGCAACGACGACAAUACCGCUUCAACGAACGUAAGUAAACGAGACCUUCGUAACUAUCACCGUAACGUCACCGUCCUUCUUUGCCAGAUAAGGCUCGUUUACGAAUGCGCGCUGUUCGCGUUGUUUCGCGAAAAAAAAAAAUAUAUAUAUAUAUAUAUUCCGUAUAUUAAAAUUUUUUUUAAUAUACUGACCGCGUAACUAAUUCGUAUGCACGAAUGAAGAGCGAAUUACACCAUCAUCGGUUACUAAUCACGGAAAUAUAUCACAUCGUCAAUUUCCGCUAUGAUCGUAGGCCUAAUCGUUUUCAUUAUUCCGAGACAAUGGCCUUGAGAGGCGUUGACGUGAAAGUUGGCCAAUGGGCGAAUGGUACUAUGUGACUUCUGACAAAUUUUGACAUGUUUUCUACCACUAUUUUAUCUAGAGAACCAUCUGCCACAAAUCAUUCUAUAUUUUUCGUCUCUUUUCUAUGAGAUAGUGUGAAACAUAUUUAAUUCGGUGAUAUGGACGUGAAAAGAAAACUUAUUAUUGUCAUACAUAUAUAACGCUGGCUUCUCGCGAAAAACCGUAUGUGCCGCGUGGUAGCGAACGUGUUAAACUGAUAGCUUACACUUGAAAAAGUACAUCUUUGAAUAAGUGGAGUGUUAUGUUUUUUUGAAUGUGUCUCUCUGUACACAUGUAAUAAAUAUAUUCUGACGUAGAUAUCAACAACAAGAAACAGUCGUUUCGCGACACGUAAUCCCCGUGCAAAUGCAAUGCAGACAUGAUAACAUGAAGGCUAUUUACCCGUAUGCGCUAUGCAUUAAGAUUAACUGUCGCGAUAGUUGCUCAUACUUCGAUAUCACACUAGCUAAUUUACUUGCUGCCAUCGGGUAAUCAAGUGCACGAGGUUUGUGUAUUUAUCGUCAGAUAUCAAACGUGAUGAGACGAUAUCUCACGUGAUAUAGUCUUCUAUGCCCGUCCAGCUCGUUUCAAGUGUGUGCGUAAAUUUCUAUGGUUAUUAUCCGCGUCGGAUCAAGAGAAAUCGAGCUUCCUGCUCGGUCCAACUUAUAGUGCAACCAAUUUAGAAAUUGAAUUUUUAUUCCAAUAUCUAUAUAUAUGCUUGGUAUUUUCAGUACACGUAUAGUUGUAUUUACAUAUAUUUAGAUUUUGUUUAAGGUUUGACAAAUUAUCAUAAUGAAAUUCAUUCAGAGGAUUACGAGACGUAUAUUAUAUUCUGGGAAUGAUAUUGAGGCUGAUUUUAAGUGUAUUAACUCUUUGCGCUCUAAUGCAUAUGUUAUACAUUUCAUAUUAUCAAACUAAAAAGAUUCUCUUAACAGUCUGUUAUAUAGUCUGCACUUUUAAUCUAACACAUUGUUGUCAUAAUCAACUGCGUUG